AUGGCGCCAGCGCAAGAGGUUCACCGGCGGGUCAGAACUGUGGAGUUAAUGGCCCUGGAUCCUUCAUCCAAGCUAAUCGUAAAUGGAACGGAAAGCAUUACAUGUCGGAAGCGGCAUAUGAAAUGCGAUGAAAGAAAGCCACAAUGCCGGCACUGCGAAGUCGGUCACCGGAGUUGUGAAUAUGACAUUGUUGACAACUCGUCCCACCGCGGGGACGGUAAUGGGCUGUUCCAGUUCUCCGCAGACCAUGUCUGGCUGGACACGCCGUCAGAGGUCACAUUUAUUCACUCUGUUGAUGUCACCAAUCACCAUGAUGAGGAGCAUCUCGCGCACAUGCCAUUGCCACCUCAGGCGAUCCAUUCGGGGAUUCCUCACACUCCCCUCUCUCAGUUUUCAAAUGAGCCGUCAAAUAAUAUGCCAUUCACAAAUUCAGGGAUAGACAAUGCAGCGCCGAUGUUGACUUCGGCAUCAUCUCGGUAUGCCGCCAACCUUGCGUCUCCUCACUCCAUAGCAAGUGGUGCCAGCAUGGAAACUAUAGACCCAGUCAGAUCGCUCAUUCACAGGAGGACUUCUGGCUCAGCCAUUUAUACUCAGGGUCGAACGGAGCCACUUGGAGACCCUAUGGUUGCUCGCCUUCUUUACCACUACAUCAAUAACUUGGCUUGCUGGCUCGAUGUGAAUGAUCCCCAACGGCAAUUCGAAACGUUUGUUCCCCUUCUGGCGAUGAGCUGUCCCAUAUUGCUCCACGCUGUUCUUGGCUUUUCAGCUUGUCACCUGAACCGCCUGGAUGGAUCCUGUGACGAGUUCUGCGCUGUGCACUACCAUGACUUGAGUGUCAAAGGCCUCAUACCAGCUUUGGCCGACCCAAACACGACCCUUGACAAUGCGUUGCCGAUAUCCACUGUGGUGCUUCGGAUGUACGAAAUGAUGAGCUACGAAACGGAUCAGCAGAGUCACCUACGGGGCUGCUCGUCACUAUUUACUCACAAUCGAAAGAAUAUUGGGUAUCGGGCACUUAAAAGGACGGCCUUCUGGACUUAUUUUCGAGAAGAGAUUAUGGUUGCUCUUGCGACAGGACAGCCCACCACAAUUCGCCCUCGUAGAUGGAAGGUCGACAUUACCUGGGGGGGAGAUACCGAUCAUGUGAAAACGGAGAAGAUGACCAUGCUGACGGCGGAAGUGAUAGACUAUUGCUUUUCUCGACGCCCAGGGGGUCCUGACGUAGACGAGAGUAGCUGGGAUGAGUUGCAAAACGAAACAAACGCGUGGAGAGAUUCGCUGCCAGAGUCAUUCAAUCCCGUCUAUGUCAUCGACGAUGGCGGUGCAUUCCCAGAGAUGUUGUAUCUCUGUACUUGGCAUAUCGUUGCCAUGCAGUUCUACCACCUGGUCAAAGUGCUCCUGGCCCUUCAUAAUCCACAUCGUCCAAACGGCAUUGGGUUUCUUCAGUUUGCAAGAGCCAUCGAAGGCGACAUUCUGAAGCAUACCAUCCAGCUGUGCGGCAUGACCAAGGCCCUGGGUGAUCGAUAUGCGGGCGCUCUUGUGAAUGCAGUGCAGCCUUUAAUUAUCUGCGGCCAAAGCUUGAAGAAGCCCGAACAGCAAGCUGAAUUGAUCCGAAUGCUACAACGGAUCGAACGGGUUACGACGUUGUCGACGACCCAAGGCGUCCAAUCAUUACAGGAAGCUUGGAUUGCACAUGGGCAAUCAUGA